AUGCUAGUUGCCGCAGUCGCACCUAUGGCUCCGUCCGACUACACAAGUAGCUUUGCGAAGGAUGGCAUGUUUUCGGAAGGCGAUGUUAUGGUGUGGAAUCACGACGUCUACAGCCACAUACGGGGCGUAGAGUAUGACGUGCAUAAUGUGUUUCCAGUCGACGAAAACAAAGCGGUCCCGCUCACCUCUCCAGCAGGGCUAGGCCAGGGAAUAGAGAGGUACAUGGAGGAAGUGUCCAGAGCAUAUAGGACAAGUUUGAGCAGAAGAUAUCGAAUGCGUCGUGACGUUGGAGAGAGUGCUCGCUCCAACCUGGUUGUCAUAUCAAAACGCCCACAAGAUGCUUUUGUUGAUUGCCGGCCCACAAAAAUGCGAAAAAUUGACCGUAGGCGGGCCCACGACCAGUCUAGGCUUUUUUUAAGCGGGUGCAAUAGUGAAGAAAGGUACAAAGCUCCACCACAGGGGAGGGAUACAGCGUGGAGAGGUUUGAGAGUGAUUCAGGCAAAUGUUGUCGACGUAUUAUCGUCCCUCGAAGAAUGACGCCAUCGCUUUGAGUUACAGUGGACUGGAGAUGUUCGUGUGUGUGCAUAUGAAGGAAGGAUUUGAAGAACGGUUCUGUGUUCCGUACAUGAAGGGACCCGCUGUGGUACCUGUUGUAGUAGACUUGGAUGAGUCUGCGGUGUCGAGGAAAACUGUUACAACGUAGUCAGGCACAGUUUACCAUAGGUGCGACUGCGGCCACUAGCCUUCCGUAGACAUAAUACAGAAAGAAGAGAUGGUACUCAGCAGAGAACAUGAGCACAGAGUUGUAGCGGAGAUAAUUCGGCAGGCGAGACUGUNGGUAGACUACAAAGUCUACGAGCUACAGCAGCACCGCCACCUCCGCUGCUGCAGGACGCCACAUUUUGUGAGGUUAUGAGCCUCGCUUUACCGCAACACUAGGACCUGCGGACGUCACGACGGAGGUCAAGACAUCCUACUGCUGUGGACUACAACAUCCGUCUGUGGACUUCGAGCGGAAAUCUGGAUUCGGAGAUUUGGGAGAUCAUCAACGGUCAGCGGAAACGAAAGUGAGCGCACUACUUGGUCAUCUACACCAAGGGGCAGAGAGUUCAUUAUACACACACGUUACCACUGCUGCAACAGCAGUAGUGGGUACCUCUGUGUUGAACAAACAGCAAAGUGUUGCGCGGGAAGCCUCGAUUUAGACAUCGAGCAAAUACUUCUGCGGCGGAGACAGGAGGGAAGACUGUAUCAACAGCGAAAGUCGACCGGGAACCGUAGUCCUUUCUAUUCACCGAUUCUCUAU